AUUGUCAAAAAUGAAUUAAAGAAUAAUUAUUUUUUCGUAUUCAUGAAACAAAAGUAGUAUGAAAUAAACUGAUUUUUAUACUGACAAAACAAAAAUCUAUGCUAAUGCCUAAAAAUAUGUCGGACAAAUUCGGAUUUGAAGAAUUACGAGCAAAAUACAAGGAUGUACUCUCAAAGGCCUUUGCGACAAAUAACAUUGAUUUACUUGACUCUUUUUCUAAAAUCACAAAUGAAACUGAUAGAAAAGCGGCUAUGGAUCAAGCAUACAGGGACAAAUUGCUUGAAUUAUUGGUCGAAGAUCCAGAUACCCUAGAGUCUUAUGUUUGUUUCUGCAUAGAAUCAUGUAGACGACAAAUGGUAACUCCCACAAUGCCCGUUGUUCUACUUGGAGAUAUAUUUGAUGCACUCACAUUAAAUAAAUGUGAAAAAAUGUUCACAUAUGUUGAAAAUGGUGUAAAUAUUUGGAAGGAAGAGCUGUUUUUUGUUGCAUGCAAGAACAAUUUGCUAAGAAUGUGCAAUGACCUUCUUAGACGCCUGUCAAGAUCACAAAACACUGUAUUUUGUGGAAGAAUACUACUGUUCUUGGCAAAAUUCUUCCCAUUUUCUGAGAGGUCUGGUUUGAAUAUUGUAUCAGAGUUUAAUCUUGAGAAUAUUACUGAGUUUGGUGGAGACAAUUCCAGCACACUAAAGGACUCCUUAGAUGAGGAAAUUGUGAUUGAUGAUGAAAAAAACAAAUUAACAAUUGAUUAUAAUCUGUACUGUAGAUUUUGGAGUUUACAGGACUUUUUCAGAAAUCCAAAUACUUGUUAUAACAAAAUACAAUGGAAGACAUUUGUUGCACAUUCAGGCAGUGUGCUGUCAGCGUUUGCAUCAUAUAAGUUAGAAGCUGUCGAGCUACAGAAAUCUAAGCUGAACAGACUGAAGGCAGUCACCUCAGAUGUUGAAAUGCAAGAAUCAAGCAAGGAACAACACUACUUUGCCAAAUUUCUCACAAACCAGAAGCUUCUAGAACUCCAAUUAUCUGAUUCUAACUUUAGAAGAUGUGUACUGAUACAGUUUCUUAUACUAUUCCAAUAUUUGGCAUCAACUGUUAAGUUUAAAAUGGAAUCUCAAGAAUUAAAACAAGAUCAAAUGGAUUGGGUAAAGGAGACAACAUCAUUAAUAUAUCGUUUACUAGGGGAGACCCCACCAGAUGGAAAACAAUUUGCGGAAUGUGUGAAGUGUAUAGUGAAGAGAGAGGAACAUUGGAAUACUUGGAAAAAUGAUGGAUGUCCAGAAUUCCAAAAACCAAAGCCACCGCCGCAAGUGGAUACAACAGAUGAUGUUAAAAAGUCGAGAAAACGGCGACGGCCAGUCGGUGAUACAAUACGGGAAUAUGGAAGCCAAAACAAAUACUACAUGGGCAACAAUGAACUUACAAAAUUGUGGAAUUUGUGUCCGGAUAAUCUUGCUGCGUGUCGUACUAAAGAGAGAGAUUUUAUGCCUUCAUUGGAAUCGUACAUGGUGAGCGAGCAUAGUGCAAAUGGGGCCGGUGGUAAAGACAAGCGAACGGCAGACGGCGGCUGGGGUUGGCGUGCACUGCGACUGUUGGCGCGACGAAGUCCUCACUUCUUCAUUCACACUAACAAUCCCAUCGGCCGCCUGCCAAACUAUCUCGAUGAUAUGGUUGAACGCGUAACACGCGAGGUAGCAGCUAAUGCAGCGGCCAGCAAUGCCAACGGGGAUGACAAGGCUAUGAAACAGGAGACGCCUGAUGAAGAAACUGAGGAGCAGAUCGAAACGGAUAUUAUAAAGGACAGCGACACUAAUGACAUUGAACAGGUGCCAGAUUCUACUCAUGCUGGCGAAGAUGAUUACGAGAAGAGCGGUCGUUCUCGUGUCACAAUGAUUUCGCCAGAACAGCUUGAAACGGUAUCAUCAAAACUGACAGACUGGAAGAAACUUGCCGCUAAACUAGGCUAUACGCCAGACGAAAUCCUAUAUUUCGAGACUGAAAACCCCACAGAUGCUUCCAGGGCGAAAAACAUGCUCACAUUGUGGUUUGAUGACGAUGAAGACGCAUCAGUCGAAAACCUUCUAUAUACGAUGGAAGGUCUGAAGCUACUGGAAGCGUGCGAGGCACUGAAAAAUGUAAAAUGACGAUCACUGAAACGUAGCUGUAGGAGGAAAGGAAAAUAAAGUUUA